GAUAAACCCGGAAAUAUUAUAAUUGUAGAUCUUCUAGUAGAAGAAACGACAUUUUCAAUAAUAAAUAUUUAUGGUCCAAACAAUGACAACCCAACAUUCUUUGAAAACAUAUUUAAAAAUAUAAAUGAAUUCAAAACAGAAAAAUUCAUAAUAUGUGGGGACUUCAAUCUCACUUUAAAC